CUAAAUAGUGAAUAUUAUUGAAUUGGGAGAUAAAUCGGUAUUCAUUGUUAUAUUUUACAUAUGGAAUAUCAAAAGCUCCGCAUAUUGACACUGUGUAUUAUUGCCUGUAUUGUGUACGUCUCCGGUAGGCCGUGCGACGUAGAUAAAGUUGGCAUCCACAGGUUCGGAAAAAACUGCUCGCUGAGAUGCCAUUGUAGAAACAACGAGUCAUGUGACGAGGCGGGAGCAUGCGCAAACGGGUGCGCACCCGGAAUGUUCGGACCAGGAUGUCAGUACGUUGAUAUAGCCCACGAUGACCCCGAGGUAGCACGACAUUCCGACAACCUUGAGUUCUUGGAUCACCAAUACGCCAACCUUGCCGUAGACCCUGACCUCAGCACGUGUAGCUUCACAAAGGAAGCGGCCUCUCAGACCGGUCAUCCCUGGUGGAGUCAUUGGUUUCCUUACGAUGUCAUAUUCACUUACAUCGAGUUUUACGUGCAUUUGAAUUAUACAGAAUUUAUGUCCCACUAUCGCGUUAGUGUGGCCAAUUUAUCCAAAGAACAUCACAGCAACAAACAACUUUUGGCAACUGAACGACUAUGCAACGAGAUUGGAGUAGACGACGAAAAAUUAAAAAUGCCAACCAGCGGUACCCUAGCCGUCAUUGGUGUGUUCUGUAGAGAACCCGUGGUGGGUAACACCAUUCGCAUUGAACUACUUAGAAGCCGAUCACAGCUUGUUUUGUGCGACGUAAAUAUCAGUCAAGGUAGGAACAUGGCAUUCAGUAAAAGUACAAACGCUUCGUCCAUAUCGGAAGGCGACCUAGUUCACAUAACAGACGACAUUGUCCAAGUGAAGCGCGACGAAUGUUUCGUUAGUAGGAAGGACAAUUCUUCGUGGUUGAUGAUCGACUUUGGAGCCAAAGUUCAAAUAACUCAGAUACAUAUUGUUCCAUUCAAACGUGAAAAUAACCUAAAUGGAUAUCACAUCGAUGUGAAAGAGAUCGACCAAGACCUUUUGCGAAACGUCUACCAAGAUUCAUCUAUUAAUUCAAAGGGAUCGGAACAGGAUACGUUGAACAUCACUUUUGUAACAACCAGUUUGUACAUCACCCGACGUGGACAUAAUCCAUCCAAAAUAGCCGUGUGUGAAGUGAGGGCUUUUGGGGACUGUCCAGAAAGCAGCUGUGGAUACGACUGUUCCGAAGAAUGCUACUGUCGACCACCGUACACACUAUUUGACAAAAUUGCUGGACGUUGCCCUCAUGAUUGUCUGAACGACAGCCGAUGGACAUAUCGAUGUGAUCAAGUUUGCAAUGUAAACCAUUGGGGAAAUGGAUGCAGUCACACAUGCGGUCAUUGUGCUAAUGGCUUACCAUGCGAUGUUCAGACUGGACGUUGCCCUCAAGGUUGUCUGAACGACAGCCGAUGGACAGAUCGAUGUGAUCAAGUUUGCAAUGCAAACCAUUGGGGAAAUGGAUGCAACCACACAUGCGGUCAUUGUGCUAAUGGCUUACCAUGCGAUGUUCAGACUGGACGUUGUCUUGAAGGAUGUGAACCUGGUUAUCAGAAUACAACUUUCUGUAAAGAAAAUUGUGAAGCUGGAACAUUCGGACAAAACUGUUCCCAAAACUGCAGUAAGCAUUGUCAAGGCCCAUGUAACCACGUGAAUGGACACUGUGCAUGUAAACCAGGAUAUCUGUCGCCAAAUUGCUCUGAUGCUUGUAAAGCAGGGACUUUCGGAUUAAACUGUUCUACAAAGUGCAGCCACAACUGUAAUGGCAUUUGUAAUCACGAGACUGGAUACUGUGCUUGUAAAGCUGGGUAUAGGGCGCCUAAUUGCUCUGCUGAUUGUGAAGCUGGAACAUUCGGACAAAAUUGUUCUCAAAACUGCAGUAAGAAUUGUCAAGGCCCAUGUAACCACGUGAAUGGACACUGUGUUUGUAAACCUGGAUUCAUGUCGCCAAAUUGUUCUCAUGCUUGUAAAGCAGGGACUUUCGGAUCGAACUGUUCUACAAAGUGCAGCCAUAACUGUAAUGGCAAUUGUAAUCACGAGACUGGAUACUGUGCUUGUAAAGCUGGGUAUAGGGCGCCUAAUUGCUCUGCUGAUUGCGAAGCUGGAACAUUCGGACAAAACUGUUCUCAAAACUGCAGUAAGCAUUGUCAAGGCCCGUGUAACCACGUGAAUGGACACUGUGCAUGUAAACCAGGAUAUCUGUCGCCAAAUUGCUCUCAUGCUUGUAAAGCAGGGACUUUUGGAUUAAACUGUUCUACAAAGUGCAGCCACAACUGUAAUGGCAACUGUAAUCACGAGACUGGAUACUGUGCUUGUAAAUCUGGGUAUAGGGCUCCUAAUUGCUCUGCUGUUUGUGGAGCUGGAACGUUCGGACAAAACUGUUCUCAAAACUGCAGUAACAAUUGUCAAGGCCUAUGUGACCACGUGACUGGACACUGUGCAUGUAAAUCAGGAUAUCGGUCGCCAAACUGCUCUUAUGCUUGUGAAAUCGGAAAGUUUGGACAAAACUGUUCUCAAAACUGCAGUACCAAUUGUCAAGGCCUAUGUGAACACGUGAGUGGAUACUGUACAUGCAAACCAGGAUAUCGGUCGCCAUAUUGCUUGGAUGUUUGUGAGCCAGGGUCUUUCGGAGAAAACUGAUCAAACAACUGCAGCAGCAACUGUAAUGAGAUAUGUCAUCACGCCACCGGACACUGUUCUUGUAAAUCUGGAUAUAAGCCCGAAAUGUGCUCUGUUGAUUGUGAACCUGAAACUUACGGUCAAAACUGUGCUGAUAACUGCAGCGACAACUGUAAUGGCAUUUGCGAUCACGUGACUGGACAUUGUUCUUGUAAAGCUGGAUAUAGUGGACCAAAGUGCGCGACUG